CAGAAGCGUCAAAGCAACCGUUGGUUUCAAACAACAGUUGAUGAAUGGUCCAUCACGUGCUCUCUUCAAAACAGGAAAGCAUCGAACCACCACCACGACGUCAUACCAAUGCCAGUCCCUCCUGCGUCACUGCGCAGCCACUCGUUCUCUCGCCAGAACGAAGCAGGUUCAUGCCCACACCAUCACUUCAGGCCUGCUCUCAGGCAACAACGCCACCUACCUCCCCUCUAACGUCGCUGCCACUUAUGCAUUAUGCGGGAACAUCUCUUUUGCCCGUAAGAUGUUCGAUGAAUUGCGUCAUCGAACCCUGUUCUUGUAUAACACUAUGAUAAGAUUGUAUGUCAGUAGUGGUUUCUAUUGUGAGGCGAUUAAAGUGUUCUUCGAAAUGAUUGGUUCACGGGAUUGUGUCCCGGAUGGUUAUGCAUACGUGUAUACUAUUAAGGCUUGCAGUGACUUGAAGUUUGUUAAAAUGGGUGUUCUCGUCCAUGGACAGACAUUGGUGGGAGGAUUUGGUUCGGAUACGUUUGUGCAGAAUUCUUUGAUGGCAAUGUAUAUGAAUUGCCGUCAGACGGAGAUGGCAAGGAAAGUUUUUGAUAAAAUGGCGGAGCGUAGUGUGGUGUCUUGGAAUUCCAUGAUAAAUGGGUAUUUUAAGAAUGGUUAUGCAGAGGAGGCCCUCAGGAUUUAUAAUUUAAUGGAAGAUGAGGGGAUUGACCCGGAUUGUUCUACUGUGGUUUCAGUGUUGCCGAUUUGUGGUUAUUUGAAGUUAGUAGAGGUUGGUAGAAAGGUUCAUGCUUUGGUGGAAGAAAAGGGUUUGUGGGAAAAAAUAACAGCGAGGAACGCAUUGGUGGAUAUGUACGUGAAGUGUGGUUGUAUGGGUGAAGCACGUUUAGUUUUUGAUAGCAAGGUUGAGAGGGAUGUGGUGACCUGGACUUCGAUGAUUAAUGGACACAUUUUAAAUGAUGAUAUGAGAAGUGCAUUAGAACUAUGUAGGAUGAUGCAAUUUGAAGGAGUGAAACCCAAUUCUGCCACUCUAGCUUCUCUUCUUUCUGCUUGUACUAGCUUGCAAUUUUUCAAGGACGCAAGGUGCUUGCAUGGUUGGUCAGUGAGACAUAAAAUUGAACAUGAGGUCACUGUAGAAACUGCACUGAUUGAUAUGUAUGCAAAAUGCAACCGUGUUGAUCUCAGCUUCCAAGUAUUUUCAAAAUCUACAAGAAAGAAAAUAGUUCCAUGGAAUGCACUUCUCGCUGGCUGCACUCAUAAGGGGCUCACAAGAGAAGCAAUAGAACUUUUUAAGCAAAUGCUAAAGGAAGAGUUAGAACCUGAUGAUGCUACCUUGAAUGGUCUCAUACCCGCCUAUGGCACCCUUGCAAAUUUGCAACAAACAGAUAACAUACAUUGUUAUUUAAUAAGAUCUGGGUUUCUUUCAAUUAUUGAAGUUGCUACCGGCUUGAUUGAUGCAUACUCUAAGUGUGGAAAUUUAGACUCUGCUCACAAGAUUUUUGAAGGGAUCCCUGAGAAGCUUAAGGAUGUCUUCGUAUGGAGUGUGAUAAUUGCUGGAUAUGGAAUGCAUGGACAUGGAGAGACUGCUGUUUCACUAUUCGAACAGAUGAUUAAAUCUGGGGUGAAACCAAAUGAAGUUACUUUUACCUCUUUGUUGCAUGCCUGCAGCCAUGCUGGUUUAGUGGAUGAAGGUCUGGCCUUGUUCAAAUUCAUGCUCGAAGAUAACCAGAAAAGCACUAAUGAUAAUCACUACACGUGCAUUGUUGAUCUUCUCGGUCGUACUGGUCGACUGGAUGAAGCAUACGGUCUUAUAAGAGCAAUGCCAUUUCAGCCUAGCCCUACUGUUUGGGGUGCAUUGCUUGGUGCUUGUGCAAUACAUGAGAAUGCCGAACUAGGUGAGGUGGCUGCAAAAUGUCUUUUUGAGCUUGAACCAGAGAACACUGGUAAUUACAUAUUGAUGGCAAAAAUUUAUUCUGCUACGGGUAGGUGGAGAGAAGCAGAGAAAGUUAGACGUAUGAUGAAUGAAAUAGGAUUAAGAAAAGAACUGGCCCACAGUUUGAUUGAGGUCAGAAAUACGUGAACUUCAUUCGUAACUUUGAUUACAAUGGAUGCAAUGUUGGGGUGUACUAAGAAAUGGAAGAUUAUAUUUUAAGAUGGAUCAUGCCAGAUUAAAAACUAGAAGAAAAAAAAUGAGAGUGCAUAUACUACAUGUGGAAGACAAAAUGUGAUUGAACCUGAUGAAGAUUCUUCUUAGAUCAUCCAAUGAAGGCCAACAUGCAAAUUAAAGUGUGGGAUGCCUCAUUUAUCUGAAUUGCGACUUUGAUGGUGCGGUUUCUUCAAACUUUGUGAGUAUUUAUUAAUCAUCUAGGAGAUUUACUGGUCAUACCUGCUAUGCUACAUAAUUUGCGCAUAAAAACCAUUGACCUCUUUUUUUGAAUACAAGUACAAAUACAAUAUACGACACACCACCAGAU